GAACAGUACCACGGUUCCCCUUAACAAUCACGGAUAACCAAAAACGGACGCAACCCCGAAAUGAAAGUAUUCGCAUUGACCCUUCUGAGCCUGCUGGCUUUAAGCCAGGCCCGCAUGGACUACAAGCUGCAGUGUGCCCGCAGUGAGAUCAGCAUCCGCUGGCCCAGUUACUACAGCAACUCGGAGUACUAUGUGUGCCAGAGCGUCAACGGCAGCCAGCUGACCGUCCACUGUCCCGCCGGCGAGGUCUUCACCUUCGUCCUCCAGCAAUGCGUGUCGCCCGCCCACUACAUCCCGGCCCCACCCAUGGAUGUCCUGCCCACCGCUGCUCCUAUUACUGUGCUGGCUGUCGAGGAUUCACCACCAGUGAUCUCCGCACACUCUCAGUUGGACGUUGAGACCCCGGGGCACCACGACCACCACGAACACCAGGAUCACCAGGAUCACCAGGAUCACCACGAACACCAGGAGCACCACCAUGAGAAUCACGAGGAGGAGGUUGAGGUCCACCCCAUUCCACCCACCCCUGCUCCAGAGCCACCAACCCCACCCACCGUCUCGGUCUCCAAGCCCGUGGUACCAGUUCCCCAGAAGUCGAAGAAGCCCUCGGUCCCUGUGGCCGCCAAGAAGCCCACCGUUCCAGUGCCCUCCAAGGCCGCCAUGGCCAAGAAGCCCACUGCCUCCCCCAAGAAGCCAGCUGCCCCCACUCCCGCCAAGGCCGCCAAGAAGCCGACGCCACCCAGCAAGGCCCAAAAGAAGCCAGCCACCUCCUAA